UUUCCCUCUGAAUUCGAAGAACUUUCCCGUGCUCUCUCAUCUCUUCUUUUAGGGAAAAAAAUGUUCUCCUUUUCUUAUUAAAAAACGCAUCAGAUGAAGACCAAGAUCCGAUGCGUGGUCUCCCAACACUACACCGCACAACAACAACGACUACAAACUUUACAAUCGUUUACGAAAGCCUGUCCUAAAGCUCGCCGACCGCGGCGCAAUCCCGAAUCUCGGAAAAAAAUACAUUUUCUCUAGUGUUUUUCUCGGGAAUCCGGCGACGACCGCCCAAUGAUAUUCUCGCCGGCCUAACAUUUUCCGCGGAAAAAUGCAGAUUUUCUCAGCAACCGAACGGCGUCGCUAGGAAAAAGGAGAGAGCCUCGCCCUUGCCGUUAUAAACCCCGCGGCCAAUCUCGCGCUCCCGCACCGAACGAUUUUCUCGCCGCGAGCGACGGCGUCUUCCUCCGCUCGUCCGACAGCGCGGCUCCGGCGGCUCCCUCCGGCGGCUCGCGCCGGCGCCAUUGGAUCGCCACGGGGCGAUCGUCCAUGAGGUGAGAGUUCCGCGAGCUGCUUCGGCUCGGGAGGAGGCGAUGUCGUUCCUUCGCCGCAGGAGGGCCGCCGAGUCCGCGAAGGCCGGCUCCGGUUCUGGGGACGACGGCGGCGGCGGCGAGGGCGGGGAUAAGAAGGAGAGAGAGGUGAAAUCGAGGAGGAAGCAGGGUCCCGGAGGGGGCGAGCGGCCGAGGCGGUGGUCGUGCGUCGACAGCUGCUGCUGGUUCGUGGGGUGCGUGUGCUCGAUUUGGUGGCUGAUGCUGUUCCUGCUCAACGCGAUGCCGGCGUCGUUCCCGCAGUACGUGACGGAGGCGAUCACCGGGCCGCUGCCGGACCCGCCCGGGGUGAAGCUGAGGAAGGAGGGGCUGGCGGCGCGGCACCCCGUGGUCUUCGUGCCCGGGAUCGUGACGGGCGGGCUCGAGUUGUGGGAAGGGCAUCAGUGCGCCGAGGGGCUGUUCAGGAAGAGGCUCUGGGGCGGCACGUUCGGCGAAUUGUACAAAAGGCCUUUAUGCUGGGUUGAGCAUAUGUCACUAGACAAUGAAACUGGACUGGAUCCUCCUGGCAUAAGGGUUAGGCCUGUAUCUGGACUUGUUGCGGCUGAUUAUUUUGCUCCUGGAUACUUUGUUUGGGCAGUCUUGAUUGCCAAUUUGGCUCGAAUUGGUUAUGAGGAAAAAAACAUGUAUAUGGCAGCAUAUGAUUGGAGAUUAUCAUUUCAAAACACUGAGGUCAGAGAUCAAACUUUGAGCCGGAUAAAAAGUAACAUUGAACUCAUGGUGGCUACUAGCGGGAACAAAGUAGUUGUUAUUCCACAUUCUAUGGGGGUCUUGUACUUUCUGCAUUUUAUGAAGUGGGUUGAGGCACCAGCUCCUAUGGGCGGUGGAGGAGGAUCAGAUUGGUGUGCAAAGCAUAUCAAGGCCGUCAUGAAUAUUGGAGGACCAUUUUUUGGCGUUCCAAAAGCAGUUUCAGGUCUUUUUUCAGUCGAAGCAAGAGAUAUAGCAGUUGCCAGGGCAUUAGCACCUGGUGUUUUGGACAAAGAUGUAUUUAAAUUUCAAACACUGCAACAUAUGAUGCGUAUGACUCGUACUUGGGAUUCAACAAUGUCAAUGAUACCGAAAGGUGGGGACACUAUUUGGGGCGGUGUUGAUUGGUCACCUGAAGGAUUCUUUAACUGCAGCACAAAGAGGUCAAAGAACAUUUACAUGACUACUUCAGAACGCAGUGCAGUCAGGGAUCUGGAAAAUAGAGCAGGUGUAAAUUACGGGAGGCUUAUAUCAUUCGGUAAAGAUGUAGCUAACAUACAUUCUUCCAAGAUUGAGAGAACAGAUUUUAGGGGUGCUGUUAAAGGCAGAAAUCUAUCAAAUACAAGUAACUGUGAUGUGUGGACAGAGUAUCACGACAUGGGAGUUGGAGGUGUGAAGGCUGUUGCAGAUUACAAAGUCUAUACAGCUGGCUCAAUUUUGGAUUUGCUUGAUUUUGUGGCCCCCAAGCUGAUGAAACGUGGUAGUGCUCAUUUUUCAUAUGGAAUUGCUGAUAAUUUAGAUGACCCCAAGUAUCAACAUUACCGACAUUGGUCGAAUCCCUUGGAAACAAAAUUACCUAAUGCUCCGGACAUGGAGAUAUAUUCACUCUACGGGGUUGGAAUACCCACGGAAAGAGCAUAUGUCUACAAGUUGACUCCUACUUCAGAGUGCUACAUUCCUUUUCAGAUAGAUACCUCGGCGGAUGGUGAAAGUGAGGACUCAUGUCUGAAAGACGGUGUAUUUUCUGCUGAUGGAGAUGAAACAGUUCCUGUCUUGAGCGCUGGUUACAUGUGUGCAAAAGGUUGGCGAGGCAAAACUCGUUUCAAUCCAUCUGGCAUUAACACAUACAUAAGAGAAUAUGAUCAUGCACCGCCAGCCAAUCUCCUCGAGGGUCGAGGUACCCAAAGUGGAGCUCAUGUCGAUAUCAUGGGGAACUUUGCACUGAUUGAGGAUAUAAUUAGAGUGGCUGCAGGGGCUACUGGAGAGGAUUUGGGUGGAGAUCAAGUUUACUCGGAUAUCUUCAAAUGGUCUGAGAAGAUCCAGCUGCAGCUCUAGAUUCACACGACAAACCUUUGGGCAUCGCUUCUGCACUUCAGGAGGCACUAGGCAGAUGGUUUGCGCCGAGAAGUGACUGAGACGUGGUCAUGUUGCGCCGGACUAUCUGCUUGCCUAGGCCGGCUGAACUGAAUUGAGGAAUGUACCGGCAAAGAGAAGAACGUGGUAUUGAACUCUGAGUCUGUAAUGACUUCUUGUCGGGGCUUACAUUGGCAGUGCCGUGAAGUAUGCGCAAUAACUCCAUCUAGCCAUUCCGGCCCCGCCUGCUGAAUUGGCCGCAGUUCCACGAAAUUUUGCAUAUUCGAUUAAUUUAAUUAUUGCUUUUCGACCGAUGUUGCUAGGCAUGAGUGUGAUUCUCUCUCUUUCUCUCUCUCAUGCUUUUGUCUAUAGAAUUGGUUGUGAAGAUAAACUGGACCUUUCCGGAGGGGGCUGGACUGGUUGUUUUCUAGUCUCUCUCCCUGUCAGCAAAUGUGACCGGAGUCUUCCGCUCUCU